UGCUAAUACCUACCCAAUAUGGCGGCCAACAUGGCCAGAAGAAGUUGGAGUGUCGUAAGAUUCUCCAAAAAUAUGACCUCCUUGCAACUUCUUAGGCAGAGAAUUCUACUGAACACAAGUAGCAUGUGUACGGAAGGUAAGUGAAUACAUUCCCGGAUUCUUUUAACAACUUCAAAAUUUGGAAACAAACGUUCAUUAAUUGCUUAUCUUUAGACUUGAGCUUAAAUGAAAAAAUAAAGAGCGAGUAAAAUACAUUCAAUUUUAAUUCGUGCUGUUGUAUUAAAUGAGGGAUUUUUUUCGCUGCCUAUAGAGGUUCCCACGUUCAGAUGUACACUUAAACUGCAAAACAGUCGGUUUUGUUUUCUCAAAAUCGUUUUAGAGUAGAUUAAAAGCUUAAGAGUAGCGUGAAAGCCUCACGCCCGCGAAGCGCGCGAGCCUUAUACGCCCGUAGGGCGUGUGAGGCGAGAGAAAAAAAACCGACUGUCCAUUCUCCAUACAAUGAGUUCGUUCUAACCUGGGGGGUUCAAAAAUGUCAUCGAGCUGUCAAAAAUCUCCUUACAACUCCUCCCUCUUUGUAAAUUUGAUACACCUGGUGAUUGGUUUUGCAAAAGAAUAGUGCAUGUUAUUUUUUACGCUUGGCUUCACUUAUGUAUCAGUCAAUUCUUGCUGCGCCUAUCCCUUCUUCGGCUACUGCGGGGCAUUUGCUCGCCCUGACGUCACAGCUGGGGGUGGGCAUUUACCAACCCAGGGCCACCCCCAAGCUUUUGACAUGCACAUGGUUUCGUACUUGAAUAUAACUUUAACUACACAGAAGAUUUUACUGAAAUACAAGCAGAUUGGCUCAUCUGUCAAGGAUAGGAAAAACUAAGAAAAUGAAGAGAAAAGAUUACAUGUAUGAGAACUUAUGAAACAUUUACCAAAGGGAAAAUGUUUUCAUCUUUUUUUUCAAAUUUUCCCAACUAAUUCUUCAAUACAUUGUAUGGAAACCAGACUGUAGAAUUUGUGUAGUGGAUAUUGAGAAUUAAGGUACUGACAGUGGAACCUCACCUUACAGCCACCUUGGUAAAAUGGUCAUCUCGUUAUUACGGCCCUUUUUUUGGCCAUUGGUGACUGUAUUAAUGGGGUUCCACUGUAUAUGAAAGGUGCAUUUUGUAACUUAAUAAUGCAAUUAGCUACAGUACCAGAGUCUUCACAUCUACAAAUCGGUAACUUUCAUUGUGCUUGACCAAAAGCUCUGUGCUCAACAACUCAAUCAUGCAUGGGCUGGACCAAGGAUUUCCCAAAAAAUUAGGGUACUUAGAUAAAUAUUAUUACUACUGUUGAGCACUGAACGUAUUAAGUUACAUGUUUGUGUUGUAGGUUAAUGCAUUUCAAGUACAUCACAUGCAAAAAAACUGUACAAUGUUAAUCUCUUGUAAGCCCUCACAAAGCCUUUUGUAUACUAAUGCAAUGCAUUAAUUAUUGUUUCCACACUUUUUUCCCUGUCUUUCAGCAUCAGACACUUUUCAAACAUUUGAUCAGACAUCAAAACGGAAGGAUUUUAGGAGAAUGAAGGCAGCAAUUUACAAGAAAAAUAGACAGGAUUCGGACUUGGAAAAGGCAGCGCGAGAUGAAAAAUGUUAGCAACCGUUUUAAACAUAAGUAUAGCAAAUAUAUAUUUGAUUGAUGGAUUAACUAUUAUUUUUCUCUAAUUAUUGAGUAGGGUUGUAAUCGGAAAGUUGGCUAUAAUCAGACACUUGUAAAUUGAACAGUCAUGUCGACCAAUCAUAUUAAGUGCACUCUGCUAAAUCAACAUUAUGGAAUUCCACCUAUUGAUCCACGUCACCUGUAAAAACGCGGGUCCCAUGACUAUUUGCUCGCUCACAAAGGAUGCCGAUGCAUGUCGCGUCCUUUGACUCUAGACGAAGUGUUAGCAUAUUGCUUCCAUGAUACAAAGGUAAUUUAACUUAAGCAAAUUGAUAAUUCGAAGCUUUCGCACUACUCUCCAUUUUAUCAGGAAAUGCAACUGCUCAACCUGUAAAUUAUUUUGACUUUAUAAAAUAUUUUAACGAUUUAAGCCAGUAGAAUGUAUAGAAUGCGGAAAACAAACGGAAAGUCGAAUUGUUUCUAAUUGUGCUGGAAGUUGUUUUUAUUGGUAUGCAAAUCACCUACCCUUUCGCUUACUUUCCACAAAACUGAAAUAUCCUGGCUUUUUUACAACUUUUUAAUUUGCUUUGUUUCAUUUUAUAUUAUUUUUGUGAAAGCUGAAUUCUCUCAUGUGAAUUUACACCUUUAAAAGGAAAGAAAAACUUCGAGGACAUGUUGUGUAUAAAACCACGGCGAUACGUAUCUAGUUCACUUCACUUACACUUACGGGCAAAUUACCCUUCAUUUGGGAGAUUUCCUGGAGACCAAAAUGUCACCUUUGAUUUCUCAGGUGCUUGCCUUUUUGGGCACCCUGUUUAUUUUGACUAUCAAGAUUUUUUUAAGCUUCGCUUCAGACUUUUCAUGCCAACAUUAUAAUGUGGGAAAGUUAUGAGGAAUGCUGUAACUGAAUAAAGGCGUGCAACAUGCUUUAAGACUGCAUGACUUGAUCUUAUCGGUAUCUUUUGUUCUUCUAUUGACUCCAAAACAAUCAAGAUGUUUCACCAGUUUCCACCUGCAAAUAAUAGGAGACAUUUGAUUGAUAGGAAAAUUUGCACUUAUGAGCGACACGUUUCAAUAGGCAGGACUUCAUAAUGACUAAUCACAGAAUUUAUCACAAUAGCCAUACACCUGUGGCAACAACCACUUGCUCUACUAAGCUGAAGAUUUUCCAAAAUGGACAAGUAAUUUGUACCAUUAAACAGUGUCUCUACCCAUAAAAAAAGAAUGCAUUGGUUUUUCUGAAAUUGUAAUGACUGUGACUCAUUGGUAACAGGACUUUGCUACUAAGUAAUUGGUCAAUGUAAUAGGACAGUAUGCAUCACGCCCAAGUAAUUGGACAAUAAGGUCUUGAAUGGGUUCUUUUUUCACAUCUAGCAAAAACUUCUUAAUAAUUGGAAGAUCUUGUGUUUAAAUUUUAAAAAAGUUAUGGUCAGUUGUAAUUGAAAAUAAUAUUGUUUUAAUUCAUGUUUAAAAAUGUCGUUUGGGAACAGGGUCAGAGUUUAAGGUAAUGGUGUUGCAGUCAUUCAGAACACAAGUGACGUCAACUUUAAGCAUCAGACUACUAGCCAUCAUGUUCUAAACUUAUUGCUUUGGUAUUUUAUUCCACAGUGCAUAUACCACUGGAUAUAGUGAGGACGGACUGGAUGGCUAAAAAUGAAUUCUCAACAACAACAAAACUUGCCAGACAUUAUGGUAUCUAUGAACACAUGUUCAAGCAAGAGUUCACACCUUCAGUUAGGAUGUUAGUAAAAUUUGGUGAAACAGACCAAGUGCAUUUUGGAAACUUUCUAACUCCAUCACAGGUGUGGUAUGCAUUAAAGUUACACUGUACUUAAAUAAUUGUUUCUAAAACUAAUAGACUCAAAUUAUUUGUUAGAAUUGAAGAUUUUCAAUAAUUUCCAGUAUGUUCAUUUGAAAACAAGACUGAUUUUUGGCCCAGCUUUAUAAUACCUCCACUAGCCUGCAUGAAAGGUGCUCUAUGGGCCAAGCGAGGCAAACAGAGAAUUUUGCGGAAAGUGCGAGACAAGUGCAAAGCACACGAUGAGGGAUGAGAAAAGAACAUAACGUUUUUCUCCUCUCCUGAUCUCAUGGUUGAUGCAAAAUGCCCUUAUCUGAUCUCCUCACUUGGCUGCUACAGGUGUAUGGCUAUUGUGAUAUUAAAAUUUUGUGAUUAGUGGAUUUAGCUGAGUGCAUUUAAUAUGAUUGGUUAAUGUCACUGUUCGAUUAUACAGGUGUCUGAACCUCCACCAGUAGAACUUGCUACUAACUGGAUGGCACAUACAUGUACAGUACAUGUAGUUCUUGUUUUAAGUAAUAAAGAUCUCAUCCCAGGAUUUGUGGUGGUAUGAAAUAGCCCAUUUCCAAGUUCACUUUCAAAGGGGGGUUAAAAUAAUGCAAAACCAUCGUUGAGAUAAAGUGAGUUUUAUUUUGAAAUUUGUGAGAUUAAAAAUCAGUUUCACAUCAAGGACUUUACAUCUACGUUGUAGCCUAAUGUUAAAGCAGAGGCUACAUAUUGUAUUAUUAUUAUUAUUAUUAAUAUUAGUUAUUGUUAUCUUUUUCUUUUUUGUUCUCUUCCUUUAUCCAAGGCAUUUCAUGAACCGACUGUUGAUUACGACAGUUCAGAUGACAUCAAAUGGACAUUAAUUUUUGCUAAUCCAGGUGUGGCCAUCAAGCUAUUGGGAUUUUCUUUUGUUCGUUGUUUCUUUUUUUCUCACUAUAAUGGUCAUUCAUGCUAGUUAAUAACUUCACUUAUGUGUAAGCCCUUUUCUUGCGGAAAAUAAGUGAUUUCUCUGAAGAAGACAAACCAUCAUGCAUGUACUGUACACCCUACAUUAUGUAACAAAACUACCGUAUUUCUUCACCUAUAAGCCGAGCGAUUUUUUCAGUUUUCAACCCAAAAUUUUGGGAGAUUUUUCACGAAGAACGGGAUUCGGCUUGUAGCCGAGGGUUUUAGAUUUUAAAAAUAUACAGUUGCUGAAUAACUUUACCCCCCGGCUUGUCGUCAAGUUAGCAAUGAAGCAGAAGUAAUAAAACACAACAAAAAUAACUUCUGAAUAUUGGUUAGUCACUAACCUUUUAUGAAAUUGGUGCAAUGACGAAGUGGUGAUGUGAAUUUUCAGACCUCAGAUACCUUCACAAGGCUUCAGUCUUGUUGGGUCUAUAUCUUUGAAAUUCAUAGCUUAUGUUGAGACCUAUUCUUAACAGUUUAUGCAUGUCAAUGUAAACUUUGCAUAAUGCUUGGCCAGGAUCCUGUGUUACAAGCUACAAAUUAAAACUGCAAUACACUGUGUUAAAGACAAACAUAGUCACUAUAAAACCUAAACUAAAUCACCUCUCUAACAAUGUUUUGUUGGCUUUUUAUUACAGAUGGAAACUUCAUAGAAAAGAAGAAGGAAUUUUUACACUGGAUGAUGUGAGUAUAGCAAGAUCCCAAAUUAUAAUAAUUUAUUACAUAUUAAUUAUUGUCAUCAUACAUUGUACACACUUUCUUUCUUUUCCUUGAUUCUGUCUUCAGGCCAAAGGGGCAGGUGCACAAAUUUUUCAUUUUUUUUAUGACUUAAACAGUCUAAUAACCAUUUUCAGUAUUAUAAUUCUCCGCUUAUUAAACUUUAACUACUUACAUGUAGAACUCAAGGAAAUUUAUUAUUUGAUAGGCCAGUGGUAACAAAAUUAAUUCAGGUUUCUAACCCUGUAGCUCACUACUGUUAAACUAUUUCUUGUAAAGUUAUAAUUAUUUGUUAUGACUGAUAGUUCUCAUGUCAAGUUCAUUAGUCUUUUUUGCUUUGCUUUCAGAGGCAAUAUCCCUGGUUCCAGAAUAUCUGAUGGUCAGGUUCUGUGUGAAUAUCUUCCUCCUGUCCCAAUCAAAGGAACAGGAUUCCACAGAUUUGUCCUCUGCCUUCUUAAACAAAGUGGUGAACUUGAUCUUGGCAAUUACCUAAACACACAACCAAGGUAGCUACAUACCUUAAAUACAGUGCAUAUAGUUGUCAAAUUAACAUUGUCAUAGGCUUAUUCCAUGCCCUCUGCCAUCCUUAAUGCAUUCCUUGAAGUAAGAAUCAGCUCUUAUUUAUUUAUAUAUUUUAAUAGAUAGAUAAAUAAAUAAGAACUAAUAUUAUUGUAUUGAUGUGAAUGAUUUUUGCUUCUAAGAAAAUCGGGGUAAAAUUAUAAUGGUUGUGGAGAUCAUUUUUUUUACAGAAUGACCCCCCUCCCCUCCUACUGUAAUUCAAACCAGUAGCUCUUUGAAUUGUCAGAUAUUAAAAUUUUGUGAUUCAAUUAAAAUUUGAUUGAAUCACAAAAUUUUUAUCUUUCUAAUCAUCAGUUAAUGCAAAUUACAUGUAAAGUCAGCUACAUGUACAUGUACCAUGUAAGUAAAAUAGGUAAUGGCGUCAUUUCAUUGGUGUGACAACUCCAAUGACAUCGAAACCCUGAUUAUAACAAAUUUUCAUCUUUAUCUAAUACAGCUGUGGUGGUAAUUUAUCCAAAUCUUUAAUAAUGGCGAUGUAGUUUAAGCUCAAACUUGGGAGGUAUUGACCCUGAAAAGUGCCCUUCAUGUGCCAACCAGAAGUACAUGUAAAUUUUGGUUCUUGUAACAAAACAUUCCUCUGUUUAACUUUUUACACAUAAAUAACAAAAAUAAUGUUUGUAAACAGCGAUCUCUCCUAUUAAAAGAAAGCAAUCCAUGUUUCUUAGGAACAAAGUCCCAGGAGGUGAUUUCUGAUAAAUUAUUUCUAGUAAGAUUCUCCUUGAAAUUUGUUCUGUUUAUACUUUUGAAUGAAAGGGAGAAUUUUUUAUACAUCAGGAGUCACUAAGGGCCUUAUUCCAAGCACCUCUUCAUCAUUUUCUUUGUUGUUUCUUUAUUUAAUGUGAUCAUUCAGUGACUUAUCUGCAACUGCUGGAAAUCUUGACUUUUGUGUUUAAUCUACAAAAUGAAUAGUCUUUAAAUGAUGAUGUAAUAAAGAUGUCAUUUCCUCCAGUUUUUUGAGCUCUUGGUGAAGAGAUUCAAUAGCAUCUCAGGCUAAUAUAUUUACAUUUGAAAAAAAGCCAAAGAUAUAGUUAACAAACCAAUAAUUCUGUGAUGCUUGCCUUACUUGACAGAGAUAUAUUCAAUAGGACAUUCUCCUUGUCUGAGUUCCUCUCCAAUCACAGACAUGAGUUGAUUCCUGCUGGCCUGUGCUUUUUUCAAGCAGCGUGGGAUGAAACGGUCACUCGAACAUUUAGAGAAACAUUAGGUACUAAAUUUAUGAUAACUGAAAAAACAUUAGACCUUUUCAAUUCAAGUUUUUGUGUUUUGUGUUUUUAAAGUGCUGUAAAUAAUUAAGGUUGAAAUAGUGGUUUAGAUAAUAGUGUUACACCAUACAAGGAAUUGUCCAGGCCCCCCUCCCAUGCCAACCUCUAUUUUACUUGAGUACUCUGCUAUUUGCUAUAAACAUUUUAAAUGGUUUUGGGACACUUGAAAAAGUUACACUUUCUGUGGGGCCAAUCAUGAUUUUUCCACUUGCCCCAUGAAAUUACUGCUACAUGCAUAAAAUGUCAAAAGGCUAAUAAAAACUUUCCCUGCCUAAAGGCGGCUGUCAUACUAGUUUAUAUUCUGCUGCAGCAGACCAAGGUGAUAUACGGCUUUGCCGGUUAUAAGUUUACUAUGUUAUUUAUUUCUUGCUUUAAUUUUCAAAUAAUUGUACUGUAGGUAUCACAGAGCCUGUUUAUAAGGAGCAAGAGUUUAUAACUCCCACAACAGCCAAGAAAAUACUUGUCAGGCAAUGGUUUGAGAGCAAAUACAGAAAUAUGUGA